UCCCGCUGCCUUUUACGCGCUCGAUGUCCGCAUCCACAGUGAUUAAGUGAGCUUUCUUUUUUCUUUUUUUUUAAGGGGAUUUUGGUGGACGGCGCAGGACUCUUGUUCCCGAUGUUCCGAUGGGGAAACAACACCGCUUGUGUCCAUGCGACCAUUUGUAGAGAAAUACAUUAACGUGUUUUACUUCUCUCCUCUUCCCGACUCGGUUUCAACACCAUGUGGGACGCGCGUUUAGUGCGCCGCGUCCGCGGAGUGCUCCCUUCAAUCGUGGCCGCUUGACUAAAGGGGGGGAUCCCGGCUCCCUUUUUAUCCUCUACUCCCUGUGGAACAAGAGCAGUUUGCAUGCAAAAGGUGGUUUAUCACGGCAAGCCAUGGAGGGACUUGCCUAAAGAAGAUCCAACAUAACUGAAAAGUUUUAGGAUUUUUUUUUUUUUUUUUACUUUGAUUUCUGCGUGUGUGUUUGGAACAUUUUCCCUGAAGUCUCCUUUUCCAUCAUCAUGGCUGAAAAGCUUGGACCAGCUGGGUCCAAGACCACCAAUGUCCGAACUGCACCCUCACUGCCCCCUGAACCCAUUGAUAUCAUUCGCACCAAAGGCCGAUCCCGCAGAGUCCGGCUUAAUGUCGGGGGUCUCAACCAUGAGGUCCUGUGGCGGACUCUGGACCGGCUACCCAGGACCCGGCUUGGCAAGCUCAGAGACUGCAACACUCAUGAGUCCCUGAUGGAGAUCUGUGAUGACUACAGCCUGAACGAGAAUGAAUACUUCUUUGACCGGCACCCGGGGGCAUUCACCUCCAUUCUGAACUUUUACCGCACAGGCAAGCUGCACAUGAUGGAGGAGAUGUGCGCCCUUUCGUUUGGCCAGGAGUUAGACUACUGGGGGAUUGACGAGAUCUACCUGGAGUCAUGCUGCCAGGCCCGUUAUCAUCAGAAAAAAGAGCAGAUGAAUGAGGAGCUGAGGAGGGAGGCAGAGACACUGAGGGAGAGGGAGGGUGAGGGAGAGUUUGAUAACACCUGCUGCCCGGAGAAGAGGAGGAAACUGUGGGAUCUCCUGGAGAAACCCAGCUCCUCGGUGGCUGCCAAGAUUUUAGCCAUCAUAUCAAUACUGUUUAUCGUCCUCUCCACCAUCGCCCUGUCUCUCAACACCCUGCCAGAGCUCCAGGUCACUGAUGAGUUCGGCCAUGCCAAUGACAACCCCCAGCUGGCCCAUGUGGAAGCUGUGUGUAUUGCAUGGUUCACUAUGGAGUACCUCCUUCGCUUCCUGUCCUCUCCUAACAAGUGGAAGUUCUUCAAAGGCCCACUGAAUGUUAUUGACUUACUGGCCAUCCUUCCCUACUAUGUCACCAUAUUCCUAACCGAGUCCAACAAGAGUGUGCUACAGUUCCAAAAUGUGCGUCGUGUGGUGCAGAUAUUCAGGAUCAUGAGAAUAUUGAGGAUCCUGAAGCUGGCCAGACACUCCACAGGGCUCCAGUCUCUAGGAUUUACUUUGAGAAGAAGCUACAAUGAAUUGGGACUGCUAAUACUCUUCCUUGCCAUGGGAAUCAUGAUAUUUUCCAGCUUGGUUUUCUUUGCUGAAAAAGAUGAAGAUGCCACUAAAUUCACCAGUAUCCCUGCUUCAUUCUGGUGGGCUACCAUUACAAUGACUACAGUGGGCUAUGGUGAUAUUUACCCGCAGACUUUACUUGGAAAAAUUGUUGGUGGACUCUGCUGUAUUGCAGGAGUGCUGGUCAUAGCUCUGCCGAUCCCCAUUAUUGUCAACAACUUCUCAGAGUUUUACAAGGAACAGAAAAGGCAGGAGAAAGCCAUCAAGAGGAGGGAGGCACUCGAGAGAGCCAAAAGGAAUGGCAGCAUUGUUUCGAUGAAUCUAAAAGAUGCUUUUGCUCGAAGUAUGGAACUGAUGGAUGUGGUGGUGGAGAAAGGAGAGGAUAAAACUUCCCUUGACAACCACUUAUCCCCAAGUCUUUUGGGCUCAACGAAGCUUGCCUCUUCUGAAAGCAAUCUGAGAUCACCAAAUAAAAGAAACCCAGAAAGCUCCCCACAUCAUAUAAUCAUCACCACCACUGGCAGCCCACAGAGGAUUAGCAGGACCCCACAGCACCUUAGUGUUCAGAAACUGGAGGACAUGUACAACCAGAUGACCAAGUCACAAUCAUUUACCAACAUCAACACAACAAGCUCCAUGAGCACUCUGAGCACAACCGUAACUGCCCCCGCUUUGCCGAAAAAAUCUCUCAGCCCUGAUUCUACGUUAAAGGGGGAGGUAGAGCUGGAGAUGAAGGAAGUCCUGCCCUAUAUAGAUGAUAACUUUGCCAGCUGUUCAGCAGAUUUCACUAAACAGAGCUACCACUCAGGUGACAAGGAUGCUGGGCCUUAUCAGAUCAGACACCCCAGAGCCCCACCUUUUCUGGACCUAAGUUCACUGAAGGCCAUUGAUGACCAGAGUUCUCCGGGUUUCUAUGAAUCUGUCAACCCAGGUUAUGAGUCAGAGAUCCAUAUAGAGGAAGUGGACAGCUUUAACAGUGCCGUAGAGAAUAUCCAGAGCUCUCUGACAGAAACUAACCCUCUAAAAAUAAAGGGGUUGAAGGUAAACUUUACCAAAACUUCCAUUGAAGCUCCCCUUACUCCACCUAGCACUACCUCUCCUGGAGACAUCAGCUCCAGCAUCCUGGAAGAUGAGUCCCCAGCAGGAGAGAUGUCACCACUCAUCCCCAGUUCAGAGGAGGGCAUAGUGGAGGGCACCCUUUCCCCAAAGAGGCUGGUGGUAGACACCCCACCUGGUGAUGAAGAUCAGUCCACAGGGAAUCACAAAGAGAAGCAUCUGAUGGAGGAGGCAGGUGCAGCAAUUGCACCCUUGUCACCCAAGAAAGAAGCACAAAAUUGCACCCAAGGUGUGGUUGGGGCAGGCGAGGAAGUGAAGGCUGACAGCAACCCAAGUGGACACAAAGUAGAGAACCACAUGUUUACAUCUGAUAUCCACCUGAUACCUGGGGAUGGCAGUCUCUCUCCAACAUGUGAGACCAGCAUGUGAAUGUAAAAGGACGCUUUGAGGGACAAUAGACCUUCUACAGCCUCAGCCUGGUGGGUGGGAGUGCAACACGAACAGUCAAGGGUUCAGUUGUAGUUGAAAGAUAUUCUUGCAUGGCAUGACAAGUCUCUUUUACUUGUGUCGUUGUGCAUUGCUGAAAAAGAAACUGCAGUGCUUUGUGCAGAUUUGAGAAUGACUUUGGAGCAAAUAGUGAGCUCAAAGAGGAAGAGGAGGCUCUGGAAAUUUUGGGGAAUUCAUCAACAAAUGUAGACAUAGGUUCUCCCUAUGUACAUAAUGACAUAGUCUCCUUUUCUAGCAGGAGGAGGAAAUGCACAGAGGGACUUAUUUGUAAAAAGCAUGCAUUUAAAAAACAAGACAGAUAUUUUACGGUGCUUAGUUUGCUGAAAGAGCUUCACUGUAAAUACUAAGACACAUAUGGCAAUGAUAAUGCACAGGAUGGCAAAGGAAGACUGACAGUAAAAUAGUUUCAAUGUGAAAAAAUAGUGGUGGAGGUUUGAAUCAACAGCCCUCAAACUGGGUUUUGCAUCGUAGCGACCUAUAAUAAAACAUAUCAUUAUCUUUUGUGGAAAUGCAAAGCGUUCCCAUGACGACCCUGUAAUGUUGGGUUUUUUUUGUUUGUUUGUUUGUUUUGGUUUUUUUUCUCUCUCCUUUUUCUUUCUUGUGUAAAAUGGUGUAUGAAACUAUAACACUGACAUUAUUGCUUUGGGACUUCAUAGCAGCUGUUGAACCUCCAGUUUUAGCAUCUGAUAAUCUCUGAAUAAAAGAAAACCUUCCUGUAAACUGCACAGCAGCUGCCAAAUGAUGUUCAUAACCAAUGAAAAUAGGAACUGUCAGAUACCGCAGCAAUUUAGGCUAUUUAUCAUGUCGUUUUAGAAGUUAGGACCAGGUUUAAGAUCCUUUUUCAGCUGUUCGAUUCCAUCCAAAUCACCAAAAAAAGAGCGGUAUUUAAUCUCUGGCAUCAGAUAUAUAGAAGUAGUGUUAAGAGUAAAAUAUGAAAUAAGUAGGUUUAGAUUGGCUAUAGAAGACUUAAAGUAGGUAAGAGAUUCCACAAAAUAUUAAUUCCACACAGUACAUCUGGUCAGAUAAGCUUUACUAUCAGUAUCCUCUCUGACAAUUCAAAUGGGAUAGGCUACCACAUAGGCUGACAAUAUUCCUUCAGAUAUCAAUGGACCAAAACAAGCACACUUACAAGCUUUUAUCUAUUUCAGCUGCAUCAUGACAAAUAUUAAUAACAUAUUGUAAUAACAUGUAUUAUGACAAUUAUGGUUGUUCCUUAUGUUUUUUUUUACUUGCAUUAUGUUCUUUGUCCUUUUCCUCUGCGCCCUGAUGCAAUUUCUUCCAUACUACUGCAGUGUGACCCAAUCCUGCUGAUAACUUAGGGCAUCUUUUGUUUGUUUUUGUCUGUCUGUGGUGUUUUGAACUGUAAUUUAUUGUGUUUUCUUGUUAACAAAAACU